CUAGCCUAUAAAUAACCCCGAGCAAUCAAUGCUAGUUUAAAUCGACUUGUUUCUGGAGAGCGACUACUUGGAUCACUCUCUGAAAACAUUAAGGUCUGUUGUUCCGAAUGUUGGAGACUUUACCGGAAAUUGUACCGGAUAUGUUGGAUGGUGCAGUGCGUCUGUGUUGAAGAUUGACUAAACAUGGAUCCAGCAACUAUGGAUCCAUAUAAUGCUGAUGUGGACGGGUUUUACAAGGGCGACGAUUAUGGAUAUUUCCACUGGAAUGAAAAACAUGGCCAAUGGGAGAGGUGGACCCUAAACAACAACGAGUACAAGUAUGAGUAUGUGCACAAGUAUGAGAACGGGAAGGACUAUUACAACCACCAGCAUCAACGUGGUCAAGGGGCCAACUGGGAAAUGGAGGCUGGUUCUUCUCAGAUUGUCGAUGCUCCUGCCCAUCUCCCCCUCCCUACAUCCUCUGAUCUCCCUCAGCAGAGCCCACAGGAGCAGCCUGGAGUCCGCACAGCAUCCCCUGGGCUUCUUGCAAAUGUUGGGACUCUUAAGGAGAUGAUUGAGAUUGCAUGGCAGAAAUGUCAGGAGUACCAAUCUAAGUUCGUCAUGUGGUGUUGUGUUACCCUGUUGUGCACACAGAGUAGGGCACAGCCCAUCGUUCCUUCUGUGAAGCCCAUCGUGGUCGAGCGUCCCAUCUCUCCAUCAGUGAAACCCAUCAUGGUUGAGCUGCCAAUCUCCCCACCAGUGAAGAUCACCGUAUUGGAGCUGCCGAUCUCUCCACCAGUGGAGCCCAUCGUGGUUGAGCUGCCCGUCUCUCUACCAGUGAAGCCCAUUGUGGUUGAGCUGCCCAUCUCUCCACCAAUGAAGCCCAUCGUGGUCGAGUGUCUCAUCUCUCUGCCAGUGAAACCCAUCAUGGUUGAGCUGCCAAUCUCUCCACCAGUGAAGCUCACCGUAUUGGAGCUGCCGAUCUCUCCACCAGUGGAGCCCAUCAUGGUUGAGCUGCCGAUCUCUCCACCAGUGGAGCCCAUCAUGGUUGAGCUGCCCAUCUCUCCACCAAUGAAGCCCAUUGUGGUCGAGUGUCCCAUCGCUCCACCAGUGGAGCCCAUCGUGGUUGAGCUGCCCAUCUCUCCACCAGUGAAGCCCAUUGUGGUUGAGCUGCUUAUUGCUCCAGUGGAAGCUGAGUCUCUUCAGAGAUUUGAGGUAGGCUACUCACUCCAAACUAUCCCUUUCAAUUUGUAAAUCAUGGUCCUAUUUUAACUGCAAUCAGCAAUUCUCACGUUUAUAUGGAGAGGGAAAGUUGUAUACCUAGUCAGUUGUACAUGUGAAUGCAUUCAACUGAAAUGUGUCUUCCA